CAUUUCACCUUUCUUUUACUUUUCCCUCCUUGACUCCUUUUCUCUCUCCCCAACAGCUUUAUCUAACAACACUUUUUCCUUUCUCCUGCCAGUGCUCAGUGCCCACCGAUUCCUUGGUGCCAUAUCCUUUAAACAUCAUCUUUGCAGAAAUCACAUAAAAAAUCCACUUGGGUCUCCUCCGAAACUUAGAAACGCCUCUCGUAUUAAUGGCCAUGGGAGCUUCUUCUAAUACCCUCUUCUUCCUCUUCUUCUCCCUUUCCCUUCUCACAUUCUGUUAUUCAGGAACUUUGGUGGGUUUCUCUUAUGAUGCAAGGAGAAGUGCAACUUCAUCACCUAAAGAAACAAUGUCCUUCCUCAAGGAAAACAACGUUUCCCCAUCUCAGAUAAGGGUAUUUGCAGCAGAUGAUAGGGUUUUGCCACAACUGUCCAACGCCGGAAUACCUGUUGAUCUCUACUUAGAUGAAAUUCAGGUUGAGCGUCUGAGUAAAUCCAAAGCUUCAGUCAUUGCAUGGCUCAAAACCCACCUCAUAGGCUUUCUCCCACAUGUAAACAUUACCAGCAUAAUAGUUGGCACCAGCAGUAGUACCUCAUCAACUACUCAAAACCAGUUACCUUUACUCCUACACACCAUGAAUUAUAUCCAUUCAGUGCUAACAUGGUUUGCUCUUGAAGGUCAAGUUAAGGUCUCAGUUUCGUUCUCCAUGCCAUUUUUAGAGAGCCUAAACAAAACUCAGGCAAGAGAUCUACACGGGAUUCUAGAUUUCAUUAGGAAAUCUAGGUCCUUCGCAGUUAUACGAACUGUCAUUAAUGGAGAGCUGAGUAUGGGAGAUCACUUUGUCCGCUUGAUGAUUGGAACGGCUAGAAAUGCCUCCAUUGCUCUUCGUUACUGUGAUGUUCCCUUGGUCGUGACUGUUGGUAGCUCUGCUGUUCCUAGUGCAGUAGAAGUUUCUGAAUUUUCUGAGAAGAUUCUGCGAUCCAUAGGAAACAACACCGAGGCCAUAGGUAAUGUAACUGGGUUAUUUGCAGAAAUCCCUUCGGUGGAAGAAUCCAAGCGGAAAGAGCUCAAGAUAGAAGAGGAACAGAUAUUUCACUCUGCCCACAGGGAACUCCUUGACCAUGGCGGCAUGGAACAGAGAUCCAUCUCAAAAAGAACAACUCUCCAUGAUGUGAUAGGCUCUCCAGCAUCAACUCUCCCUAUAAAUCCCACGCCAACGAUUAUCACGGUGCCCUCUACAACAAAUCCUGUGACCGUAAUGCCGGCAAAUCCUGUAACCUCCCCUGUCACAAUCCCCUCCACAACGCCAAUCAGUAUUCCACCUGCAAAUCCUACCAACCCACCCAUAAUCGGACCAAUAACCAAUCCAGUCACGACACCAGUAACAACUCCAACAACACCAACAGUAACCAACCCGGUGACUACUUAUCCAGUAGCACCGCCCGGCAACGUUCCUAUCACAACGCCGACGAUACCCAUUACAAACCCGGUGACUCCUCCGGCGACGACGGGCUCAUCAAUUAUUCCGGGGCAGACUUGGUGCAUAGCAAGGAGUGGGGUAUUACAAAAUGCACUUCAAAUUGCACUGGACUAUGCUUGUGGAAUUGGAGGUGCAGACUGCUCGACAAUCCAACCUACAGGAAGCUGCUACAAUCCAAAUACCCUCCAAAACCACGCUUCAUAUGCAUUUAACAGCUACUUUCAGAAGAAUCCAGUGCCAUCCAGUUGCGACUUUGGAGGAACUGCUACGAUUGUGAACACCAAUCCAAGUACUGGUUCCUGUGUUUACCCAUCAACAUCAUCAUCACCACCGUCACAAUCAUUACCGACAACAUCAUCACCAUUACCGCCGGCAACAGCAAGUUCUGGUUCAUCAGCACCAGUGAUUGGCACGAGCGGCCCUGCUACAGGCACCACAAUAUUUGGAACCCAACCACCUCCUGGCAGUAACACGACGGUGUCCACAUCAACCACUUUGCAGCCACAGUAUAGAUGCAUUCUAUUGUUAACGCCUAUUACCUUUGUAAUGCUAAGGGUGGUGAUGUAGGUAUCCAUUUCCAAUGUAUGACAGUAGAUCAGAGCUCCAGCAAAAUUCCAGAACCUGGCAGUAUUAGCUUACAGCAAAACAAACGGCCAAGAGUUCGUUCUUCAGAGCUUAGAACCAAGAUCCAUUCCCUGUGACUAGAUCUACUAACCAAUGUCCAGUUGUCCACAUCGUAUGAGAUGGUAACCCUUAGUUGUAGUUACAGAGCAUUGUACUGGCAUACUCCAGCAAUUCAAUUCUCAAGCAGGUUGCAAUGGGUGGCAACAAAGGAACAUGUGAUCCCUGUUUUCUUUCCAAGUGCAGGUGCUGGUACUGGUGGUGGUGCUAUACAGGUAUUUUGCCAUUUUGAUAAAUAAAAUGAGUUUCAGUUCCACAUUA